GGCCAGCUUUGAUACUAUCUUAUGGCACCGUAGGAUCUGCUUGGAGAUUAUUUUCCACUGCUGUCUGCGGUUUGUUUCCGGUACGUUUACGCCCCAACGGAGAUGGCUGAGGUGAAUGGUAUUGACGUACUCGUCAAAACGAAGACUGGGACGUACCGCGGCGCUGGGACAGAUUCAAACGUCUACAUCCGCCUCUAUGACGACAAAGGCAACCAGUCCCGCCAGUUACUGUUGGAUGUGUUCUGGAAAGAUGACUUUGAGAGAGGAUGUGAAGGACACUGGACGGAAGCUGAACCAGUACAUCCACCAUUUUGAGCCGCUGAACUACGACACGGCAGACCUGCACACGCGCCACCAGCGCGCCAAACGGUCCGCCAACCUGCACGAACAGUUCGUACACCUGGAGUUCCAUGCUCAUGGCAGACACUUCAACCUGCGGCUGAAGAGAGACACCUCAGUCUUCUCACCAGACUUCAAACUGCAGACAGAGAACGGGGAGGAAGACUACGACACAUCCCACAUUUACAGCGGCGGGCUGUAUGGCUACCCAGACACUGUUGCCCAUGGCAGUAUCAUAGAUGGCAGGUUUGAAGGCUUUGUGUACGCGCACCAUGGCAAGUACUACAUGGAGCCAGCCGAGCGAUACUUUGACGGACCCCAACGUUUUCAUUCCGUCAUGUACAUGGACCAGGAUAUCAAUUAUCCUCACAGGUAUGGUCCGUAUGGUGGGUGCGGGAUGAACCAGCGACUGCAAGACUGGAUGGAGGCUGUACAGAACUCUGCUGUAGAAGAGGAGAAUUCUGCACCAGAAAAGGAUGUGGAGAAAGAACCCGUGCAACAGUCUAGAAAGAAGAGGGCCGUCGGUUCACCAGAAGUACUGGAGAAGGGUUCAUGUGAGAUGUACAUCCAGGCAGACCACAAGUUCUACCAGUACUUUCAAACCCGGGAUGCCGUCAUUGGCCAGAUUUCCUCUCACAUCAAGGCAAUCAACCUCAUCUACAAGGACGUCAUCUUCGCUGACUCCACCAGCGGGGGCAUCACUGGGGUCACCUUCACUGUGCGCAGGGUCAAGGUGAAUGAAACGUCGGGGUGUUCAGACCCUGGAGGACCCUCAUGUAACAACCCCUUCGCUCCGGACAACAUUGGUGUAGAGCGGUUCCUGGAGAUCAACUCGGAAGCCAACCACGACGACUAUUGCCUGGCGUACGUGUUUACAGACCGAGACUUUGACGAUGGUGUGCUCGGGCUGGCCUGGGUGGGGUCUGCAUCAGGAAGCUCUGGUGGAAUUUGCGAGAAGUACAAGAAGUACUCUGAUGGGAAGUACAAGUCUCUGAACACAGGGAUCGUGACCAUCCACAACUACGGCAGCCACGUGCCACCCAAAGUCUCCCACAUCACUUUUGCGCACGAAGUUGGCCACAACUUUGGGUCCCCGCAUGACACCGAUUUGAAUAACUGCGCCCCUGGUGGAGAGAGUGGGAACUACAUCAUGUACGCCCGUGCGACCUCCGGAGACAAGGCCAACAACAACAAGUUCUCUUCCUGUAGCAAGGGCAGCAUCCACAGUGUUCUGGACGCCAAGAUUGUGGGCAACCCCCCUCCCAGUACCAGCUGUUUCACAGAAACGAACGCUGCUAUCUGUGGCAAUGGAAUAGUUGAGGAGGGUGAGCAGUGUGACUGUGGGUAUUCUGACCAUUGUCAGAGAACUGGGGAGGACAACUGCUGUGUGCCUGCAGGGAAUCCCAACCCAUGUACACUACAGCCUGGAAAGGCUUGCAGCCCUAGCCAAGGCCCAUGCUGCACCUCCCAGUGCACCCCUAAACCUUCAACUGUGGAAUGUUCCAAGGAAUCAGAGUGCAGUGCUUCAGCUCAAUGCGAUGGGUCAAACCCUCAAUGUCCAACCCCAACAGCCAAGGCUAACAAAACAGAGUGCAACAAUGGACGCCAAGUGUGUUGGAAUGGAAUUUGCCAAGGUUCCAUCUGCGAGGGGUUUGGCCUUGAAGAAUGUACCUGUAGUCUCAACAACCAAGAGAACAACCGACAGGAGCUGUGCCAUCUGUGCUGCCAGGAGCCAGGAAACCCAGACUCCUGCAAGAGUAGCAACAGCAGUGAUUGGUCGAGCCGCUAUGAUGACCUGACCUCUCGUGGCAUCCUCAACAUGCAGCCAGGAGCGCCCUGCAACAAGUUCAAGGGGUACUGCGACGUGUUCUUCACCUGCCGAGAGGUGGACGCUGAUGGGCCGCUGGCCAGGCUGAAAAACGCUAUCUUCAAUCCGGAGCUGUACAGGACAAUUGGACAGUGGGUCACGGCCUAUUGGUGGGCAGUUCUGCUCAUGGGACUGGGCUUGAUCCUCUUCAUGGUUGGAUUCGUCAAGCUCUGCGCAGUCCACACCCCGAGCAGCAACCCAAAAAAGCCGCCCCCGCGACCGAUGAGCCUCCGUCGGCAGAAACGCCCCCAGCAGGGCGCCCAAGGUCAGGGUCAAGGUCAGCGCCAAGGUCAGGGCGGCAGGAGGGGGGAACAGCAGCCGCGUGGUCGAACCAACCCACCGCCGUUCAACCCCGACUUCGUGGAGCUACAACAGAACCCGCGUUACGUGCGCCACUGAUACAAAUGUGGGGCUACAUUCUGUCUUGACGCAUUUUUCUAACCCAAGUUUUCUCCAAAUAUUUUUAGAGAGCCUCUAAUUCAGAGACACAAAAAUGAGAUUAUCCUUCACUUUCACUUAAGUCUUAAUACGACUGAACUUAGUUUCACCGUCUUUCAUUUCUUCUUAACUUUGUCCACAUGAGAGGCAGUUUGAAUUUGACAAGAGGCAUGCUGACAUUUCCUUUGUCUGUAAAUAGCAUUUGUAGGACUGCUGGAAAAUGAACUUGUUGUAUAUCUAAGUGCAGUCUUUUUAAACACUGCUUGACAUUCAUGUGACUGCAGUGAGUAGUGUGUUGUAGACAGUUUGUAGUGGGACUGGGAGCUUUUUUAUCACAUACUUGCAUCAGGCCACAUACUUUUUGAAGCAUAAAAUUAGCAAGAGGAAACAAUGAAAACAGAGGACUAGAAAGAAAACUUGAUCUGACUAUAUUCACUUGCAGAAACUGUAUGUACAGACUUUCCCCUCUGUCUUCAUGUUGAUCUUUCUGAGUCUUAAGUAUUUUGUAAUCUGAGAAAAGGACAAGAAAAUAAUUUCAAGCCUUUUGAUUUUGAGAUAUUUCAGAAAUGCUAAGCAGUCACCAUGAGAUUUUAAACAGCAUUUGAAAUGCCUAUGCAGCCAAAUUUGGGUACCCAGGGUUAACAUUUACAUGUAGGACACAUGCGGUCCCACUUGCAGUCAUCUAACAAAUCAAACUGUAAUUUCAGCUGACAUCUGAUCAUACAAAAUGUAGACUUUUCAUUAAUGUAAAUAACAACUCUCUCUAGUAUUGAAUUAUGUUACAAGUUGGGCAGAUGUUGAAGCAUGCUUGCAUGGCACUGCCCAUGGGGCAACCUCAGGAUGCCUCAAAAUCUGGUUGCUCAAGGAGGUUACUCAGGUUGCAUAACCUGUUGUUGCAGCCUUGCAGAGUUGUUCUUCAUGAAGACUCAAGGACACAUGGUCAAACUGUAAUCCAACAGUUGAAUAUCAACUUUCUUUGAAUACCUGUA